UAUAAUAUGUACAUUAGAAUAAUCCCUGACUCUAACAUUUUCUUUCGUCUUCUUUAAAGUACGGAUUUGAAUUAUGCAAAACUUGCUUCAUAAACCAAAGAAACUGGAACGCUAGAUGGAAGAAACGAGCAGCUCGCUCCUAUACAUGUUUAGUUCGGAUUAAAGUUGUAACACUUUAUAGUUACGUGGAAACAAACCCUCUUGAACACAUGAGAAAUCUGUGUAAACAUGCAUACGAUUGUGCAAUCCUAUGCAUGUUUACUCAGAAGUAAGUCCUGUAUUCAAUAUUCCUCUAUCAGCAUAACUUCGUUUCAUAAAGGGCUCCUAUGCCUCAAAACUUGAAAUCUUAACUUCUGCUCCUUCUCCCAAAAACAAGCAAUUGGUGCUAGUUACAAAGAGAGGGUUAGUUUAAUGUUUUAGAGGUUUGUAUUCCCACAGGUUUUCUAAGGAAACUUAUAGAAAUAGUUUGAGGAGCCAGAAUACCUGCAAAGAACUUCUUUUUCAAGUUUCUGAGUAACUUGCUUCUUUAAAGAUAAAGUGAUACUUAAAGCCAUUUUUACGUGUUAUAUAGUAGAAAUUGGAAAACUCCAUUCCCUGAAUAAUUUCCAGAGGGGUGGGGAAUGCAGGAGGGAGGGGAAAAAAAGAUCUAUGUGGUACCCUGAAAACUUCACAUAUCUGAUGAAGUGGGAGAUAAUUCACAAAAUGCCAUGACAUGAUACAUGCCCCCUGCUGUAUUCCCAAAAUGGACAUGAUGGUUGAUUUAAAACUGCUAUUAUGUAAGUUGGUUCAAGGUUAAAGUCCAUUAAACUUGAUGGGAUUUCUCUGUUAGCAUGCUUAGGUUUGGGCUCAUUAAAUGCCAUAGUGUGGAAUAUACCCAAAUAUACCCAUGGAAGCAGUAACAGCAAUGGGAUAGCUAACUAACAAAGCUUUUUCCCUCUAAUCAAUAUUUUGGUCAUGAACUACUGGAAACCAUCAACUACCACCUUUUUCUUGCAGAAAUUGAUGGUUAUAUUUUUAAAAUUAUUAUUUGGAUCAGAGCAAAAUUAGACUAUGUGCAAUUGACAGUUAUACAAAUUAUAACUCAUGUUAGUCAGUCUCUCGCUUGCUUGCUCACCCCACGCUCCCUAGACACUGGUCCCUUUGAUAUUGUAUUUAUUUUGGCCCCAUGCUCUGUUGAUUUGAAAUCCUGACUUGCCUCACUGUCUGCAUGAUAGAGUUCAGCACUCUUCAGCUCUCUGUGGUUAAGAGAUUUGGCAGCAACUCUGUUCUAAUGAGUGAGAGAUCGACUACAAAUAACCUUGCUGCAUUUAUGCUUGCUGGUGCUUGAUGUCAUGUCCUUAGUGUGCCUGGAACAUUUCAAGAACUACGUGCACAUGUGCCAUAGGUAUAUAGAAUAUUUGCCUGAACGUGAGUUCGUUGGAUUUACCAUGAUGCUUCCAUUAUGCUUCUACUUUUUCUCUUUUUUUUUUUUGGAGAGGGCUGUUUGUCAUGACUUUUUAUCACAUCCCAUCAUGUCAUAUGAUGUAUUAUGAAUCUACCUUGACCUGAUGAAUAAACACUUCAGCUUGGCUUGUCAUAACCAUUUUGGGAAUUGUGCACAGAGGGAUUUAUUCAGAAAUUUAAUUUGAUUAGCAAUAGAGUCAUGAUAGUGACACAGGUUGUCUUCUCUUGAUAUGCAAACUGUUUCACAUUUUCAAUGUUCUGUCUUUAAUACAACUUUUAUACAACUUUAAUAAUUAAUGCUUUGGUGUAUGGUGUUUGGGAGUGAAUAUGUCACAUAUCAGUGUGGUUUGAGGCCUAUUUCCUUUCCAUAAAAUGUGUAUUUCUAAAUCCCUAGGUAAGCAGCAUUAAACAAUGGUUCUUGAGCUAAUGGGCCAUCACAGAUUAAUUGUUACGGAUCCAUGUUUCAAAAUGCUCAGUGUUAGCUCAGACCUCUCUCACUUUCUCCCCAAAUCUUAAUGUACAUCCACAUUCAAAAGCAAUGGAUAAUUGGAAACGAUGUUUCAAACCCAAAUCAGCUUUCAGUAAUUCUUAAAAACGUGCUAGAGACAUUUUAUAUCAAAUAAGACUCCGUGAAUCAAACAAGUAACUCAUGGCCAGCAUGUUCUUUGCUCUUGAUGCAGUAACUUUCUCAAUUUAAUGUUUAGGUGCUUUAAAAAAUCAUGAAAAAACUGAUCAUUGGACUUGGAGGGUAAGUGAAAAAAAUAUUUUUAAAAUCUGUUUUAUUUUAGAUCUAGAAUGAGUAACUUUUGUGGGUUUUGAGGGCCAUACUGUCCUUCUGGAAUAGACUGGUGGAUAUGCCUCACCUUCGCUAAAAUUGCAAAGAAAUAAUACUUUUUUUUUUUCAAAAUCACUGUGUUUUUUGUUGUGGCAGAUUUGCAGGGGCAUGGAAGCUGCAAGAGUGUCCAUGCUUAUUAAACAUCCAAAUGUAUCAGUAGCGGAAUAUGGAAUAUCGCUUAAAACCUUUUUCAUCUCUGUUUUUUGCUGGGCUUCCUUAGCUUGUUGCUUGCCCCACAUGAAAGUGUGGAAAUGGCAGUUUAUGUUUAGCAUUAUAUUAGUGCUAGCCUUGGGGUGGAGCAGAUAGUAUCUGGCAUAUUCAUCUUUGUCUCUUAUAUGGGGUAGCAUUUCUGCUUCUCCAUUUUUAAUGGAAAUGGUAUUGUCUUGGGUGGUUAAGGAUGAAGCUUUUAUUUGGCAGUUGCGGAUAGGCAACUGCCAAAUAUAUUUGAAUAGGAGGCCCAAAUGACAUGGCCUUCCGUUUGUAACCCUCAUUCUUUGCAACAAAAAAAUCUGUUAAGGAGGGAAAGUUGCAAUAGCUGCACAACCCCUUUUAAUUUUGCAGUGUUAGGAGCUCUUUGUUUGGAAGCAGGCAAGGGAGGGAUCAGGAAUCUUUGGCUCUUUAGAAGUUGUUCAGCUACAAUUCCAUCACCUUUGACCAUUAGCUGUGCUGGCUGGGGUUGAUGGGACCUGGAGUCCAAUAACCUCUGGAAAGCCACAACUUCCCCACAUCUGCUCUCAAGCUGUGCAUGUGAAAAAGAUGGAGUUGUUAGCUAGUGCAGUUGUAGCACUCAUUGGCCCUGCACUUGGAAUCACAGGUAUUUUCUGGAUCUUUUCUACAUGAGGCUGUGAAUUGCUAUAUCUGCUUUUGGUUUUGCAAAAGUAUCAACACCCAAGCUUUGUGCAAAGAGAUUUUUUCCCCCCUGCUUUUACACAGCAUAACUUCUAGGAAAAACAGACAUUCUCCUCAUUCUAAAAUAUCUCAUUUUCCCCAUUCUCAGAAAAACAGGGAAGUGCUAUGAAAACAGAAGCAAAACUGGAGAAUCACACACACCACCUAAAGAACCAUGUAACAAAUGGAGGGAAAAGCACUCUGGCAAGAAAGCUUAAGAAACUGCUUCCAAACUGUACUAUAAUUUCUCAAGAUGACUUUUUUAAGACAGAAUCUGAAGUGCUUGUAGAUGACCGUGGAUUCCUGCAGUAUGAUGUACUGGAUGCCCUGCAUAUGGACAAAAUGGUGGCACGCAUACAUUCUUGGAUGGCCAACCCAGAAGACCCUGCAUUGACAAAACCACCAAGUGGUACAGAUGAUGAUCAAAAAGGAGCAGAAGACACUUUUGUCUUAAUUGUUGAAGGCUUCCUCCUGUAUAACUACAAGCCUCUCAGCAAUGUAUGGGAUAGAAAGUACUUCUUAACUAUUCCUUAUGAAGAAUGCAAGAGGAGAAGAAGCAAUAGAAUUUAUAAUCCACCAGACCCACCAGGGUACUUUGAUGGACAUGUGUGGCCCAUGUAUCUGAAACAUAAGAAAGAGAUGGAAGAAAAUGAAACCGGCAUUGUUUAUUUGGAUGGAACAAGAUCACAAGAAGACCUCUGUUCAAGGAUUUGUAACGAUAUACCUAAGAACUAGAAAAGGCAAACUGGAGAAUGCAGGAAUAAGAUUGGAAACAGAUGGAUGGCUAUAAAGAACCUGCAACAGUGCCCUUGAACUAACAAGUGUGGUUCUUUCUUCUCCAGGUGAGCAAGCCACUAUUAAGACACUAUUAUGAAUAUGAAUCCAUAUUACUCAGUGACACAAUAAUAGCUUCAUUAAAAUACUGAUGUAUAUAUUAUGCCUAAAAGCAAGUUCUUCUAAAGCGGCACCCACCAGAGACAGUGCCAUGGCAUUCCUAUGGAUGCAUUUCCCACUUGGAGUUGCAAACUAUUUGUAAUUGUUGCCAGAAGAUCAAUUUGGGCAUAUUUAUCCCAGUGCCUGGAAGCUCUCAGGCUGUGGACAAAAGGGAGCACUUACAUGGCUGCUGAACUUCUCAACUGUUCUUUCUCAAUUUAUCCCACACUACACCCAGGCAUAUUCGCUGUCCUUUUACCUUGGCAUAUUAAAAAGGGAUGCAAGCUUCCUCCAGCGGGGGCGGGGGAACCUUCUGCACUUUUCAUUCAACUUCCCUAAAAACACUACCGGAAGGAUGCAUCCUGCAAUACAUCUGUUAGUGGUGAAAGGCAUAGUGAAGUUGGCCGUCCACAUGGGUCAUUAUGGUACUCUUGCAAAAGGUUGGAAAUCUAAAAAAUCUAUUUGCUGUAUGCAAACUGUCAACAAAGAGAAACAUGUAUUUUUAAAAUAUUGCUUAAUAAAAAUAAUUUUGUUUUGAA